AUGCACGGCGAUCCAACUACAAUCAGAAAGCGUUAUAAGUACUAUCCAGGGACUUUCGGUAGCAACAGCAACAUCUACACGGACAUUGCAUGCAUCGGAAAACCAGCGUUGUCUUCUCAAGGUAAAGUAUACAAGAUCGCUGUCGGCCGUGGCGACGCUAAGGGGUCUCUCUUGGUGGAAGGCUCUCCAAGCUCAUCACUGUCGAAGUUGAUCUCCUCGUACUCAACCGCACCUCUCCUCAAAUCACAUUUAAACUACAUAAACCACCCCCCUCCCCCAGCCCCCACCCCAUCUAUAGUCAAAGACUGCCCAAAAUCCCGUAGAGACUUGGUUAUGCAAGAUAAAUGGGAGGAGACAAUCAUGAGAAAAUAA